AUGUCAGGAAUAAAUCGACGCUUCAUUCCCCAAUGGUUUGAUGAGUUUUAUUGGUUGGAGUAUAGUAUAUCUAAAGAUGCGGCAUUUUGUCUCUAUUGCUAUCUUUUUAAAACCAAUUUUGAACAAGUGGGUAGUGAAGCUUUCACUGGAGAUGGAUUUAAGAAUUGGAAGAAAGGGAGAGAAAUAUUUAAGAUGCAUGUUGGACUGGUUGGGAGUGUUCAUAAUAAAACUAGAGAAGCUGCUACAAAUUUGAUGAAUCAAAAUACACAUAUUGAGACGGCAGUGAGCAAACACUCCGACCAAGCUCGUAAGGCUUAUCGCACAUGCUUGAUUGCAUCAAUCAAGUGCACUAAGUUUUUAUUGCGACAAGGUCUUGCUUUUCGUGGCCAUGAUGAAAGUGCCACUUCAAGCAAUAGGGGAAAUUACUUGGAGCCAUUGCAAUUCCUUGUAGAUAAUACUGAUAAAGUUAGAGAAGUUGUGAUGGAAAAUGCUCCGGGGAAUCUCAAAUUACUAGCUCCUUGCAUUCAAAAAGAUCUUAUGAAUGCAUGUGCCCUUGAAACACUUGAUUCUAUCAUGGAUGGUCUAAAAGAUAGAUUCUUUUCAAUAUUGGUGGAUGAGGCACGUGAUGUGUCGGUGAAAGAGCAAAUGGCUAUGAUGUUGCGUUAUGUGGAUGACAGAGGGCAUGUAAUUGAAAGAUUUAUGGGUAUCCAACAUGUUACCGACACUACUUCAAGUUCACUAAAGGAUGCUAUUGACACAGGUGUGAGCAUUUCCAAGCUACGGGGACAAGGUUAUGAUGGUGCUAGCAAUAUGAGAGGUGAGUUGAAUGGCCUUAAAACAAAGAUAUUGAGAGAACAACCUUGUGCAUAUUAUGUUCAUUGCUUUGCUCAUCAACUUCAACUAGCUCUUGUUUCCGUGGCAAAGAAAAAUAUAGACAUUGCCUCCUUUUUUGCAACGGCUAAUAGUGUGGUUAAUCAUGUUGGAGCAUCUUGUAAGUGGCGUGAUUUACUUAGAGGGCAACUUCAAGAAGAGCUUGUGAUAGCUUUUGAAAAUGAUUGUCUUAUGUAG